UGUUUCCCUCUGUCUGUGUAAAAGGAUGAAGAAAGCGGAUAACCGGAUGUUUCGUUAUGAAACCAUGGCGGCGCUGGUUGCUCCUCGCCUUGCCUCAAUUGGCACCUUUUCAGUAAGACCACUUUCUUCAUUUGCUGUUCAGAAUAAGGCUGUGCUCAAGAACAAGAAAGAUGAAGAUGAUGCUAAAAGCCUGGUUCCGUUCAGGGAGAAAAGCACAGCUGUGGCAACCAAACCAGCCUCAGCCGUCAGCAGCAAGGGUGAAUAUGUUAUUACCAAGCUGGAUGACCUGGUGAACUGGGCACGCAGGAGCUCCUUGUGGCCAAUGACCUUUGGGUUGGCAUGCUGUGCUGUGGAGAUGAUGCACAUGGCUGCACCACGCUACGAUAUGGAUCGUUUUGGCGUUGUGUUCAGAGCCAGCCCUAGACAGGCUGAUGUCAUGAUCGUUGCAGGAACACUGACCAAUAAGAUGGCCCCAGCUUUGCGUAAGGUGUACGAUCAGAUGCCUGAGCCCAGAUACGUGAUUUCCAUGGGAAGCUGUGCUAAUGGUGGAGGCUACUAUCACUACUCCUACUCAGUGGUCAGAGGCUGCGACAGAAUCGUCCCUGUAGACAUUUAUGUUCCAGGCUGCCCGCCCACUGCAGAGGCUCUGCUUUACGGAACUCUGCAGCUUCAGAGGAAAAUAAAGCGGGAAAAGAAAAUGAGGAUUUGGUAUCGGAAGUGAGGUUUCUGGCUAGUGGGAUCACGAGUGAUUUGUUUCUGGCUGUUGUAAAUGUUUUAUUUAACGGUGGUCAUUUGUUGUACUUGGAAGAACUUCUCAGGAGUUGCUCUGGAUUGAGCUCUGUCUCCUCCUCUUUGUAGUUACAAUAAAAGACUAUGCAUUGUAUCAAUAUGA